UACGUCAAUUGCAAAUGAUUCAUUGGACACAACGACCAAUUUGUAGAUUGUGUCACCAAACUCCAGUGGAAUAGUUUAAAUUAAUAAUUCAAAUAGCUAAAAGCAUGACAGAAUUAACAACACAGUGUUUUUUUGCCAAAUUGCUCUAUUCACUAACAAAGAAUUCAACAUUUGUGAUUGGGACAGAAAUUGCAUUCCUUAUUGGCUUGGUGUCUAUUUGGUAUCUGUAUCGCAGCAAAAAUCGGAAAAAAUUAACAGAAAAAGAAAAGGAAUCGAUGAUCGAAAGAUGGGUUCCAGAAUCAUUGAUCGAUGAUACACCCGAAAAUCAUCCAGCGCUAUUGAACAAACGUAUUGUUUCGGAAACUAGUGGCAAACAAAUCACAAUCAAUGGUCACAAUUGCUUGAAUUUGGCUACACACAACUAUUUGGGCCUUCUUAAUUCAUCGGAUAUUAAGGAAAGUGCCAUUGCCGCUGUACGAAAGUAUGGCGUUGGAUCGUGUGGACCACGUGGAUUUUAUGGAACAAUCGAUGUACACUUGGAACUAGAAGAACGUUUAGCCAAAUUUAUGCACAUGGAAGAAUCGGUUGUCUAUUCUUAUGGGUUUUCAACUAUAGCUUCUGCAAUUGCGGCAUACUGCAAACGUGGCGACCUGCUGUUUGUUGAUGAAUGUGUGAAUUUUUCCAUCCAAAAAGGAAUUGAUGCUUCACGCAGCAAAGUAUUUUACUUCAAACAUAAUGAUGUCACAGAUUUGGAACGAUUGCUUAAGGAGCAAGACGCAAUUGAUCGUAAAAAUCCAAAGAAAGCAUCAAAAAUUCGUCGUUUUAUUAUCGUCGAAGCAAUUUAUGUAAAUACCGGUGAAAUCUGUCCCUUAUCGGAUGUUGUUGAUCUUCGAAAACGUUACAAACUUCGAUUGAUUUUGGAUGAAAGUGUCUCAUUUGGUACACUGGGCAGUCAUGGUCGCGGGUUAACUGAACAUCUUAAUAUUAAUCGAGAUGAAGUGGAUUUAAUUUGUUCGACAUUGGAGAAUGCGAUUGGAUCGAUUGGUGGCUUCUCAGUGGGCACCACAUUUAUUGUUGAUCAUCAACGGCUAUCUGGUCUUGGAUACUGUUUUUCGGCAUCAGCUCCACCUUUGCUUGCACAAGCCGCCAUUGCAGCACUCGAUCAUUUCGAAAACGAACCAGAAAUGUUUACCGAAUUGAAUGAAAAGUGUAAACAAUUGAAUGAAAAAUUAAAGUGUCUCACGCAAUUUACAUUCAGGGGCCAUGAGUUAUCGCCCAUCAAACACUUGUACUUAAAAAAUGUCAACAAACAGAGAUCCGAAAAAGUUGACAUUUUGGAAAAAAUCGUUGACAAAUGCAUCGAACAAAAAUUGGCAAUUGUUAAUGCAACAUAUUUGGAAAAUGCAGAAAAAUAUUGUCCAGAACCGAGCCUUCGUGUGAUUGCAAAUCGACUUUUGACUAACGAUGACAUUCAAUUUGCAUUCGAUACCAUUGAACGAGUUUCGUCCGAAGUAUUAUCGUCACUUUAAUUCCAGAUUUAUUUAUAUGUAAAAGUAUGCAGCACCACAGAUUCCGUCAAAUUCGUUGAAGAAUAGAAACAAAACGUCAUUUUGAAAGAUGUUAUUUUAUUUUAACUGCCCAAUUUAAUAAAACAUAGCCAUUUAUAAGCAGUUACCAAAUAAAAAAAAUACGCUUUUAUGAAAUUUA